CUGCUACAGAACUUUUCUCAUGGUACAACACAAAAGACCUGUGUUUACUUUUCAUUGAAAGAACAGAGCCUACUUAGUUGACCAGGAGAUGAAGUACUGAAGGAGAGUGUCAUCCUUUGUUUUCUUUGACCACUGAAUAUCUACUUUAAAACCCUUAGGCAUCAUGGGAAAGAGGGAUAAUCGGGUGGCCUAUAUGAAUCCUAUAGCUAUGGCCAGAUGGAGGGGCCCAACUCAAUCUUCAGGCCCAACUAUACAAGAUUACCUAAAUAGACCAAGGCCUACUUGGGAAGAAGUCAAGAAACAAAUAGAGAAUAAAAGGAAAGGUUCUAAGGCAUUAGCUGAAUUUGAAGAAAAAAUGAAUGAAAACUGGAAGAAAGAGCUGGAAAGAAGCAGAAAGAAAUUAUUGAGUGGAAAUGGAAGUUCGUCUAAAAAAAGAGAAAAGGGGAAGAAGAAAAAAAAAUCUUGUCGGUUUUUAUCAUCUUCAACAAGCUCUGAUUCUUCAAGCAGUUCUUCAGAUUCUGAGCAUGAGCAAAAGAAACAAGGAAAAAGGAGAAAGAAAAAGAAGAAUCGUUUAUACAGAUCACGAGAAUAUUCUACAUUAGAAUCAGAAUCAAGGAGCAAACAGUGUAUAAAAAAGAAAAGGAAGCUGAAGGAUGAAACAAAUAAAGAAAAGUGUAUUAGAAACCUUAGUAAGAAAAGAAAGAAGACCUGCCCUGAAGAUCAACCAUUACCGUCUGAGUCUUUAUCAGAAUCCGAUUACAAAGAGGAGGUGCCAGCAAAAAAGAAGAGAAAGCAUGAGGAGCAAGAAAAAGUUGGAGAAAAAGUAAAGAAGAAGAAGCCUCAUAAGAAACACAGGAAGAAGAAGAAGAAAGUCUUGUGCAAGUCACAAGUAAGGUUAAAAUCAAGAGGAAAAAAACCACAAGAUUUCCACAUUAAAAGAAGCAAAGUACCUACUUAG